AUGGCCACAUCUGCCGUACUUCCGCUCGUGGCCCACACGUUUGCCCUGCCGUGGUAUGCGGCCCGGGCACUAGGUGUCGAACCUGCGGCGCUCGGGGAGUCUUUCGGCACCCUGACGGACACCAGGCACGUUCUUGCCAUCGACUUGCUCGUGACUGGCACUCACUUGGCGUUGCCAGUAAGGCCAUACGCUCUUGCCAUUGUCGAGGUGGCCAGUUUACUGUGCUACGUCGUGCCCACCUGGGCGCUGGGGGGGCCAGAGAUGGAGGACGCGCCGUUCACGCUGAGUUUCUUGGUGUGCCUUAUCGGCUCCGCAGCUUGCGGGAAGCGCAGCAUGGAGUUCCAGGAGCGCGCAGAGUUCUUGACGAUGAUCAGGGAGAAGAGUCUACGGUUCCAGUCCGACUUCGCGCUCUCCCAGCACCAGCUGGCCAAGCUCCAGCAGCAGGGCGUGAGCGCGCCCACGGAGCCGUCGGAGGCGGGGAAGGAGUCGUUGCCAUCCACCACGGAGUCGGGAAGAGUCUUCAGCGAGAGCAGAUCCGGCAUCUCCAAGGAUUUCAUAGAGGAGUUGGCGGCCGUCGGCGCGAGGGAGCAGUGGCUCAUCAGGCAAGACGAGAUUGCUGUCACGAGGGGUCGACAGCUGGGGGAGGGAGCCUUUGGGAAGGUCGUCCUGGCCAGGUACCAGGGGAUCCACGUGGCGGUCAAGGUGCCGAAGGUACGCACCAAGAGGAUCACUGACAACUCGCACCUGGUGGAGUUGUGCGACGAGCUGCGCGUCCUCAGGCGCGUCCGCCAUCCAAACAUCGUGCUUUUCUACGGGGCGGUCCUGGACCAGCUAAAUCACGACAUGGCGUUGGUGCUCGAGUUCGUGGACGGCGUGUCGGUCCGGAGCUUCGUGCGGGGCGGUCGGAGGGACGAUGGUGACGGCUCAGGGCCUGCUCCGCCCAGCGCCAUGGAGAGAUCGCAAGUACUGGUGGACGUGGCGUGUGCCUUGCAAUACCUUCACUCGCGCACCCCCGCCAUUGCUCACGGCGACCUGAAAGACCGCAACGUCUUCGUGGAGGUGCCUCGCGCCCGCGCCUCGGUGCGGGCGAAGCUCCUAGACUUCGGGCUGUCGCGCGUGCUGACACGGCACGCCAAGCCGAUGGGUGGCACCCUGCGCUGGGCUGCGCCAGAGCUCCUGCGGACCAUGGGCACGGCCACCGGCACGGCCCCCGACGUCUUCUCUUUCGGCCGCCUCGCCUACUUUGUCGUCACUGGGCGGCUGCCCUUCCAGAGCACGGUGGUCGAGAGCAUUGAGACGGCCGUUGCGCAGCUCGUCGCCCCCCUCGAGUGGCCGCCGGGCAGCUGGCUGGGCGAGAGGUGGCGGCCCGUCGUGGAGCAGUGCACCCGCGAGGAGGCAUCGGCGAGGCCCGGGAUGCAGCAGGUCUACGUGCUGGCCGCGGGCUGCCACGGCGAGAUGCUGGAGUCGGAAGCAUCGGAGCUCCCGCUGGACAUCCUCGGGCUGAUCGCGGGGGGCCAGGCGAGCGGUGACGCGCAGGCCGCGGACAGCACGGGCAGGCCACAGAGCUCCGAUCUGACCCAGUCGGCCACCACCGCGACGCGCAUCUCGCAGACGGAGAGGGCAGAUACGCCAACGAUGCCACUGUCUCGCUAUGCCAGAACGCCCGACGACACUGCCAUCCUCAUGCUCAUCGACACUGUCGUGAGCCUGAAUUUGCAGAUCUCCGCGCAGUCUUGCUGCGAGUUCCAUGGCACGGUGCGGUCUAUGGAGAAGUUGUUGCACAGCCUCCUCCACAAGCCGUGCAAGAGGUGGGAUUCCCUCGAACAUGAGUCAGGGCCCAUUGUCGGCCAGUGUUCUCAGUGCGGGGUUAUGAUACGGAAGAACGUGCAGGACAGCAGCAGCACGCUGCCAGCCAUCUUCGAAUGCUUCUUCUGUGAGCAUCAAAACACUUCUGGAGACUAG